AAGAGUUGUGCAUUCAGCUGUAUACAAACUGCUAAGAUAGUAAAAGAUGACCGGCUGUCCUCGACUGUCCCUCCCCUCAAUUGUCAUUUCCUCGAUUUGCAAAUACAUAAGGUCCAAGAAACCCCAAAUUAGACAAGAAAUCAGUCCCUUCGGUACUGCACUUUCAAUAAACCCCAAAAAUGUCGUCCUCCAUCACCAUCGCCAUCCUCCUCUUCCUCCUCCUCCUCCUCACCACCGCCACGAUAACCACCAGUUCCGCUCCAAUUUUAGGUCUCGACUCCUACCUAACCCAACAAUCUCGGAACGACCCACGAGCCACUAACGACUCUUUCCUCUCCCUUCCAUCUUCACUCAAGAAAUCUCUCUUAUCGACCUUUCUUCCUCCCAACACCAUCCCUUCUCUCACCUCCUCUCUCCUCUCGCUCUCUCUCCCUCUUUCCCUACACGUCCGCCUCCUUGGCUCCUCCUUCCCUCCCGAUUCCUCCUCCCUCCUUUCCUCUUUCCUCUCCGCCGCCCAUGUUUCCGAUCACUUCUACCUCAUCUAUCCCAAUCCCGACGGCCCCCGUGACCACCGCCUCGCCGUCAAACACUCACUUCACCUUGAUGUCUCGCACUCCCCUACUCUUGCAUCACGCCUCUCUGACGCAAUCAAGUCUGCCAUUUCUACUGCUACUUCCUCACUCCGCUCGCCGAUCAUCUCUAUUUCUUACUCCGUUGUGGACGACAUCAUCAAGCAAGACUUCGAAAAGGAGAAGCCUGUGGAAGGGGUUUUUGUGUAUUUGAUCUCAUUAGGUCCUCAGUCCCAUGGUUAUGCCUACAACUACGGUCAUGGAGAUUCGUCUCCCGGGUAUACAAAGUGUUACGGAACUGUUUGGACUGGGAAAGAGAGGUAUAUCUGGAUUGAUCUCAAUGCAGGUCCGGUGGAUUACGGGCCGGGUUUGUCCGGAGAUGGGUUACUUCCCAGGGGGGAGUUUCAUCCUUUGGCAGCUUUGCACGGACGACCUAAGUCGCAGAAGGCACUCUUGGCGGAUCUGGCGUCUUUGGUUUGGAGUGCUUAUCAGGUACAUCUUGUGCCCUCUUUGAGGAUUCCUGUGCCUUUUGAGAGUUCUUUGAUUGUUCAAUUUAUACAUGUUCACGGCAAGGAUAGUCAGGAUUCAAGUGGUCUGGAUUGGGAAUUGAUCAAAAGGACGUUCUUGGAUGAUGUUCGUGAUGGGGGAUUGUUGUUGGGAGAGCAGUCACUGGAUUUCAAGAAUUAUAAGAUCAAUUUAGCUCAGUGUUCUAUAUGUUCCUUUGCCAUUUCUAGGUCCACUAAUUCAUUCACUUCUAGGUUCUUGUUUGAUAAUUACACUUUGAUUGUGAAUGAGUAUUUGGACUCGAAACGUUUGCAUCAGAUAUUGUCUGAUUCAGCUGAGGAAUUUAGGAGGUCGGGAGAUAUCCCUGAGGAUGAUGUUGCAAGGGUGCUUCCUGUUUAUGUGUUUGAUUUGGAUAACAAUAAGCUGUUGAUGCUCGAUCGGUAUCACCAGUCUGUCGCAUUUAGGGAUAUGGUUAUUGCGGUGAGGACAAAGAAUACACAGACUGUAAGUGAUUAUAGCUGUAAUGGGCGUCAUGUGUUUACACGUACCAGGGAGCUUGAGAGACCAAUUGUUGGCUCAAUUCUGCAGAGUAUGUGGGGGGUGGCUCCAACGCAUAUGUUAUGGAGCCCAAGACACAACAGUACUCUGGUGGAUUAUACAUGGAGUGUUGGGCAGACACCAUUUGGGCCAUUCUCAGAGCUUUCUUCAUUGUCUUUCGCACAGAAGGAUGCAGCUCAGAGAAACAUUCUUUUGACUUCGUUGAAUUACAGUAUAACGAGUGCCAUUGAUGUGCUUGAAUCUAUAGCUGCACACGGCGGGGACAGGAAGCUCCUUGUACAUAACCGGCAUGCGGAGUUUGUACAGAGGUGGAACUUGUUCAAGUAUAAGUUGGACAAAGCGGUUACUGCAAUGUCGCAUUUGGACUUUGAGAUGGCUUUGUAUUACUUGAGGUCCUCAGAUCAUGAUUUGUAUGCCAUUCACUCUCUUGUUUACCAAGCGACACAAGAAUUGGAGGCAUCACUGCAGUGUUUCAAGGAUCCACCAUUUCCAUGGGCAUCAGUAUCAAUGUCUGGAGUAGGUUUAUUUGGCCUCAUGUAUGUUUAUGGGAAGCGAGACAGACUUUUGAGGAACAAAAGGAAGCAGUUUUGAAGCAUUCAUAUAUUUGUAUCAUUUCAACACAAUACAAACACAUGGAUUUCCAUGAGAGAGGUUAGUCUCAAGGUCAGAGAAUUAGUAUCAUAACAUUUACUGCAUUCCAUUAGACAAUUUAGCCUUUCUCACUUUUUAAAGAUUUAGUCUUUUUUAUGUUCUAAUUCAUGAUAGACUGAUGAAUGCUACAAGUUAACAGUUCUGUUGAUUUUCACUCUAUUGUGUGGCUGUGUGCCUUUCACUA